AUUUACCUUUUCCCGCCAUUUUUUCCUGGUGUUCCCCAAAUUCUAUAGCCUCCAAUCUAAUAACCCAGAAAGCUCUCACUCAGUAAACAACAAAAACCAGUAAAGAAAAAUGGGCAUCAAAGAUCUUUUAAGGUUCUUGAAGCCAUAUGUUGAGCCUAUCCAUGUCAAGAAAUAUGCUGGCAAAAGAGUCGGGAUUGAUGCUUAUUCAUGGUUACAUAAAGGAGCUUAUUCGUGCAGUAUGGAGCUUUGUCUAAAUAUGGAUGGUGACAAGAAGUUGCAGUACUUGAAGUACUUUAUGCAUCGUAUUAAUCUGCUUCGUUAUCAUAAAAUCACCCCGGUGGUUGUUUUUGAUGGGGGGAACCUUCCGUGUAAGGCUGGGACGGAGAAUGAGCGCUACAUGAAAAGAAAGAUGAAUCGUGACUUGGCUAUGGAGAAUAAGAAGAAUGGGAAUAUAAGUGCUGCAUAUGAGCUGUUUCGAAGGGCAGUAAGUAUAACUCCAGCUAUGGCACAUCAAUUGAUUCAGAUUCUGAGGUCAGAAAACGUAGAGUUUGUUGUAGCUCCUUAUGAGGCUGAUGCGCAGUUAGCAUACCUGUCCACUAUUGAAGCUGAACAAGGAGGAAUAGAUGCAGUGAUUUCAGAGGACAGUGAUCUGCUGGCUUAUGGCUGCCCAGCUGUUAUGUUUAAGAUGGACCGUGAUGGAAAUGGUGAGGAGAUUGUGCUGGACAAGCUCUUUGAUUCGGUUUCUUGUUUACCUUCAUUCCGAAAUUUUGACAAGAACUUGUUCUUAGGCAUGUGUGUUUUAGCUGGAUGUGACUUCCUUCCAUCUAUUCCAGGAAUUGGGAUCGCAAAGGCUUAUUCAUUGGUCUCCAAGUAUAGGAACUUAGACCGUGUUCUUUCAAUUUUAAAAUUUGAGAAGGGUAAUCAAGUGCCUGAAGAUUAUGUAAAAUCCUUCAAAGAGGCCAUUGCAGUUUUUCAGCAUGCUCGAAUAUAUGAUUCUGUCUCGAAGACUGUUAAGCACAUGAAACCUCUUCCAGAAACAACACUAGAGACUCUUGGCAAUGAACUUGAUUUCUUGGGGCCAGAUAUAUCUCCUUCAAUGGCAAUUUCAAUUGCUGAAGGUAAACUAAAUCCUUGUACAAUGAAGGCCUUUCCAAGUUCGGAUACUACAUAUGCUACUGCAUUCCAAAAUGACAAACUCCUGCAAGACGAGAUCAAAACUGUGGCCUCUCAAGAAAGCUGCUUUACUGUAGUUUCUUCACAUAAAAGCAUAGGAAAAAGAAUUACAGUGAUGGAGAAGGAACCAGAUGCGGAAGAAAUGAAGCAUCUGCUUGAGCCUGAAGGAAAAAAGUACUUAAAUGAAUCCUUAGCACUCGAGAAACUGGUAAUGCCUUUCAGAAGCGGAUCCACAGAAGAAAUUACAUUAGUUACUGAGAAAUAUCUGCCAAUGGUGCCUGAUAACAAUCCAUUUAAGAAAAGGAAAGUAAACGAACAUCUGGUGCUAGAUGAUGAUCAAGCAAAGAGUUUUAUUCAACAAGAUUCUGUGGUAACUGAGAUUGAAUGCUUGGAAAUGGGAAAUUCAGAUGAAGUUGUUUUGGACAACGUUCAAACAGAGGGUUUCAAUAAACAAAGCUCCACAAUAACCAAGGCUGAAAGCUUAGAAAUCUUCUGUGCAACUCCAGAUUCACAGAAAAGUGUGGUGUCUAAGCCUAUGAAGACUACUGAAGGGAAGAAAGGUAAACUUGUAAAGAAUAUUAAAAACUGUGAUGGAAUCAAUUCAGAAAAUACGAAAAACAGUAUAUUGAAAUUCUUUUCUAGAGUGUAAUUCUUUGUACUUGGAAGCAAAUUAUCACUUCUCCGUUCUUAUUUAAGUAUCUUAAAAUUUAAGGCCUUUAUUGGGUUCUGCAGAUGCAAUAAAAUGA